GAAAGAUUUUCCUGUGUUGUAUAAACAAAUAAAAUUAUUUAUAUAUUGUAAAACAGGAGCAACUCAAAUUUAAAAAAUAAAAAUAAAAAUCAAUCCGAGUAUCCAGUUAUGAAUUUUGAUACGUAAAUCCAGCCCAUCCCACGAUCAUGACGGUGAUUGCUGGAUGUUAUAUUAUCGUGUGGCCUGUGCUACUGCCAACUGUUAUCUUCAUUUUCAAACUUCACACACAUUAAGAAAGAAUAACGACAGCAAUUGUAAGAACGUCUUCUCCUUCACCAUUUUAAAAAUUUUCAGCUUUUCAUAUUUGCUUUUCCAAAAAGAAAUCAUGAGCCAGCCUCCGACCGAUCAUGAAAAGGUCUCGGAAACCAAACAGCCAACGUCGUCCACGGAUUCAACCCAACCGGCGACUCUUUCUUCUGAUUACGCUCCCUACCCGAAAUUAGACCCGAAGGACGUCGCUCCUCCACCGGAAAAUUGGACCACCGUUUCCAUGGCUUCGCAAUCGGAUCCCAGUCCGGACCCCGUCCCGAUCUCCAGCAGCGCUGCUACCACCAUGCCUGCUGAGUCCAACCCGUACGUUUCUCCGGCGCCAGUUCAAUCUUUUUCCGUCAAGAAUAAGAUGGAAUCAGUGAAAGACGUGUUGGGGAAAUGGGGAAAGAAAGCGGCGGACGACACUAAGAAGGCGAAAGAGAUAGCUGAGAACAUGUGGCAACACUUGAAAACUGGGCCGAGUUUUGCUGACGCUGCUGUAGGAAGAAUUGCUCAGACAACCAAAGUUAUUGCUGAUGGCGGUUAUGAGAAGAUCUUUCGGACAACAUUUGAGACUGUUCCUGAGGAACAGCUUCUGAAGACAUAUGCUUGCUACUUGUCCACCUCCGCUGGUCCUGUUAUUGGAGUUUUAUAUCUGUCAACCCAUAAGCUUGGUUUUUGCAGUGACAGUCCUCUGGCUUAUCAAGUUGGUGAUCAGACUCAAUAUAGCUAUUAUAAGGUGGUUAUCCCAUUACAUCAGCUGAGGGCUGUGAAUCCAUCAGCUAGCAAAGCCAACCCAGCUGAGAAAUACAUCCAGAUUACAUCGGUCGACAACCAUGAAUUCUGGUUCAUGGGGUUCGUACACUACGACAGUGCAGUUAAAAAUCUCCAAGGAGCAUUGCAGUCCCGUGGCUCAUGAUGUGCUGUUAUCAAAACUCUGCAACCAUGUUCCAAAAGGUGAUUUGCAUUUUACUAGAUUGAUGUUGAUAAAAAUAUUGGAGCCAGAUUUGUAAUAAUCGGUAUAGCAUACGCAUAGGCUUUGUUUUAUAUUGCAUUUGUUUGGAGUGUCACUGUGGUAUUAUUCCUUUGGUUCCGAAACACAUUAAGAUGAGAGCUUGUUAAAUGGUUUGCUACUGGAAAUGUCAUUUUUAUACCGUUUUUCUUUUAAGUACAAAA